CAAGCCGCGCUGUAAUUGAAAAUGUUUUCGUCCAUGUCUAGCGUGUCUACGAGUUUGAUUUGAAGAGGCAUUUAUCUGCAUCAUUGGAACAAAAAAGAGGCAGUGAAUUCACUCAGACAUAAACAAAAUGUCUGUCACCUUGCACACUGAUCUAGGUGAUAUCAAAGUGGAGUUGUUCUGUGAAGAAUGUCCAAGGACAGCUGAGAACUUCCUGGCUCUUUGUGCUAGUGGUUACUAUGAUGGUUGUGUAUUUCAUCGGAACAUCAAGGGUUUCAUGGUGCAGACUGGUGACCCUUCAGGCACUGGCAAAGGUGGCUCAAGUAUUUGGGGAUGUAAAUUCGAGAAUGAAUUUCAUGAAGAUUUACGGCACAAUAAACGUGGAAUGGUGUCUAUGGCUAACAAUGGGGCAAACACGAAUGGUUCUCAGUUUUUCAUCACAUAUGCCAGGCAGCAACAUCUUGAUAUGAAAUACACAGUUUUUGCCAAGGUGAUUGAUGGUUUUGAUACAUUGGAUGCAUUAGAGGCUCAGCCUGUAUCGGAGAAGGGAUACCGCCCUUUGAAUGAGGUGAAGCUCAGCUCUGUGACAAUGCAUGCUAAUCCCAUAGCUGAUAGACAGUUGUGAUACUGAGAUGCCAGUAUCAGAGACGGGAUACUGCUCUUUGAGUGAGGUAAUGCUUACAUCUGUGACUAUUCAUGUUAAUCCCAGUCGGCAUAGAAAGUACAAAUCUGGAUUGGUUUCUGAAUAAAGUGAACUUUGUAUUGGAGA